AUGAAGCUCUUCCUGUUGACUGUGGCGGCGCUGCUGCUUGUGGUGUUGGGAGAGAGCACUGCAGAAAGAACCCUGUCUAGAAGGACCAAGAGGGAGCUUGCCAGUCCGCUCCAUGUUGGAGGCAUCAGGGACCCGUUUGGCUCCUACUGUGAGAGGAGAGGAGGCUGCUGCCCAGGCAGAGACGACCUUUGCACGGUUCCUUACCUGGACACCAUCUGCUACUGCGACCUGUUCUGCAACCGCACCGUCUCUGAUUGCUGCCCUGACUUCUGGGGCCAUUGUCUUGGCAUGGAGCCGCCUUUCAUAGGCACCUGCGAAAGAAAUGGCAACAAGUUCUUUUCAGGGCAAACAUACAAAGAGAACUGCAAUUUAUGUACAUGUGGGACAACAGGACGCUGGGAGUGUGAGCAGAACGCCUGUCUGAUGGAGCCUGACAUUAUCCAUGCCGUCAACAGAGGAAACUAUGGGUGGAAGGCAGCGAACUACAGUCAGCUUUACGGCAUGACUCUGGACGAGGGCAUCCGGUUCCGCCUGGGCACACAGAGACCCUCCAGGACUAUUAUGAAUAUGAAUGAGAUCCAGAUGAACAUGGAUGCUCAAACUGAUCGUCUGCCACUCUACUUCAACUCAGCAGAGAAGUGGCCAGGAAAGAUUCAUGAACCUUUGGACCAGGGCAACUGUGCUGCAUCCUGGGCUUUCUCAACUGCAGCUGUAGCAUCAGACAGAAUCUCCAUCCAGUCAAUGGGUCAUAUGACUCCUCAACUGUCCCCACAAAAUCUAAUUUCCUGUGACACACGUAACCAGGGAGGCUGUGCAGGUGGACGCAUCGAUGGAGCCUGGUGGUACCUCCGGCGUAGAGGAGUAGUGACAGACGACUGUUAUCCAUACCGACCUCCGCAACAAACACCAGCGGAGGUGGGCCGCUGUAUGAUGCAGAGUCGCUCGGUUGGUCGGGGGAAGAGGCAGGCCACACAGCGCUGCCCCAACACGGACAACUACCACAACAACAUCUACCAGUCCACACCGCCCUACAGGCUCUCAUCCAAUGAAAAGGAGAUAAUGAAGGAGAUUAUGGAUAAUGGCCCUGUGCAAGCUAUAAUGGAGGUCCACGAGGACUUCUUUGUCUAUAAGAAUGGGAUCUACAAACAUACUGACGUCAGCUUCACCAAACCUCCACAAUACCGCAAACACGGCACACACUCAAUCAGGAUCACUGGGUGGGGAGAGGAGAGAAACUUUGAUGGGACAUCAAAAAAAUAUUGGAUUGCUGCUAACUCCUGGGGAAAGAACUGGGGAGAAAACGGCUACUUCCGAAUUGCUCGUGGGGACAAUGAGUGUGAGAUUGAAACAUUUGUGAUUGGUGUGUGGGGCAGGAUCACAAUGGAGGACAUGCACAACCAUCAUCACCACCAUCGUCGUAGACACAUUUAGAGACACAGCAGAUGUUAAAACCCCACAGAGGCCUUUUGUUUUUAAUUUGUUUUCAAGAGUCUCAGAUUUUAAGCACAUCCCCUUACCCAUCAAGCUGGCUGCGACAGCCACAAAAAUCAACCCCAGAGCCCCUGAACCCUCACUUUUUAUACGUUACUUCACUCUGGGGAUCAAUACAACCUCUCUUCUCUUCCAUCUGAGAACAACACUCCCUACUGUCCUUGUAACUUGAGGUUUAUGGCACCAAAAAAACAAACAAAGAUAAACUCAGCUAAGUUAAAGCUCUUUUAUGUUGCCUUAUAAUUAUGCACCUCAGGUACCUACUGAUCCAAAGACCACACUUCCCAGAAUCCUUAGUGUAAUAUCUGGUGAAACAUGUUCAUGUUGGGUGAUGACAGAAGAAGAAACUCAAUCUGAUCUUUUUAUUCUUCUUUGUGCUUCUUUGUCAACCUGAACCUUUAGUCUUUGCUAAGUCUAGAAUCCAGAACGACCAAACUUCAGAGGGACAGUUUGGAAAAGAGGAAAUCUGAUAGCCAGAUUAUCAGACAUCAGACCCUUUCAGAGUGACACACCCAGCCGAACUGUGUAACAUGAUAAUAUAUCAUAGAUGACCUUACUGACAUUUACCUGUCUGCUAAAUGGAGGCACAGUUUUGCUCAAUCCCUCAGUUUUAGAGAGGACGCUUGUAUGGAGUCAGUAGCUGCAGGCGGUAAGAGUUUCUCACACAUUCCAGUAGAAACGCAAAAUCUGACACUGGAAACAGUGGAACAUGUCAUGUGUUUGAUGGGUAUAAGAUUACAAUACUCUGAUUUGAGAUUUUAAACCAUGACCAAAAUGACUCCCAACACCACUCCCAACACCACUAAAUAUUUUAAAGCAAUUUAAUAAUGAAUCGGGCCCUAAUUCAACACAUUCAUACAGUGUCAGUAGGCUACAUUAGAUUGUCAUAUGGCUGCAGGUGAAAUACAUUUUUUCAGCCCUACUCAAUUAAAAAAAAAGUCACCAUAAACAAUGAACAUAUAAAUAAAAGCCAUGCUGCACAUUCUUGACCCCACCAUGUCAUCUAAAAGAUAAAACUCUGAUGCGUUAAGAGGUUAUAACGAUUGUAAUGCUUUGAAGAAACAGAGUUGUUUUGACCUGCGAAAGAAAGUGUUUGUGUAUAGUAGUCUUAAUUUGCUCCGUUCCGUGUACAAUGUUACAAUUUGAGCAAAAGAAGUUUUAUUUUACUACUUGUUUUACCAUGUACUGUAUUUAGUAACUGUCAUAACACACUCAUCACUCAGUUGCUUUUCUGCUUGUGCUUCAACAUGGUUGUAACUGCUGCUAGAUCAAGUCUGUGCUACAGUAUUUGACUGCAGAGUCUGUAGUUUGAUGCAUUUCAUAUGUAAUAAACAAUGUAAAGCCACUGCUAACUAACGCAGAAACACUUCAAGUCACACAGGUGGCAGAUGAGCUGUUUGGCUUAAUGUUCUCAUAUUUUAUUUGAUUGUUUUUUGUUAAGAAACUUUACAUGUUCGAACUUAUCAGCCAUGUGUCUACACUGCUUGAUGUCUUUAUUUCAACCGAUUGCAGGCUGAUUGAGGGAUUUUUCAGAUCUUUUUGGGGCACAGCCACACUUAAAAGGCAUGGUGUAGUAUUACCACUUACCUUAAAUUACAUCCUUGUGUGCUUUAGCUGUCACUUCAAAAGGCUUUACCGUUUCUAUAUCAUCGCGUCUUGUGAUCUUUAAGGUCCCUCUAUCAUCUCCUUCAGGCAUGGAUAAACAGUUAGGCAUAAAAGCAAAGGAGAAAUGUCUGGAUGGACUGACAAUGUGCAAUGUGUUGGAUAGAGACGCAGUUAUUGCAUGUUUCUCAUUCAAUGUACCGUAUCUUUGCUUUCAUUCUGGAGUAAGCGAGGGCAGGGCAAGACGAAGGGCAGCCCAUCAACAUGAGAUAAACGACACCAAGGCCAAUGUGAAACUGAGCUCUUUUGCCAAAGAGUGAUCAUGUCAAUCUUCUGUCAGCAGAAAGGAGAUCUUUCUAUAUAUUCUAUAUAUUUUCUAUUAUGUGUGGGCAUGUUGCUAUAGCUCCUUUACAAGAGAGAAAAAGAUCAAUGGACAAAACUUAACUUGCUAGGUUGACUGUUACGCAGUCCUCACUGGAAGUUCACAGAGUAGUCUUGUUUGUUUCAUUACAAUUUAUUUUCACCAGAAGUUGGGAAGCCUUUAUCUUUAUUUAUAGAAGCUAUUUCAUGACCUCCUCAAGCAGCAUCAAUGUGAGAUGAAUGAGUUCUGUACCUGUGUUACAAACACUGGUUUGUACCAGUGGGUUGAGAAAAUCAGACAAAUGGUUUUCAUGCAGAAGCAAGUAUUGGAAUCAGACCAACGCUAGUAGAGACAUCUAAUUUGUCAGUGUCCAUUUAUCCAACAUAUGUGGCAUGUUAAUUAUUUUUAUGUAAAAUGAACCACUUCACUGAUGUUUAGACUUUAUUUAUGACAAAAUGUGUAAAGUAUAUACUUUUAUUCCUUGUUUGUCUGUACAAUGUGUUAUUCUCUCUCUGUCUCUUGUAUUGUGUGCACUAAAUGCAAUACCACAUUAGUGUUCACUUGUGCAGCACAAUAAAGUCUUUCCAAAACCA